GGAUCACAUGGUUACAGUGACUCCAAAUCUCACUAAUCAGGUUGAAAUUUUAACCCAACAGGGGGCCCCAGCUCAGCCUUUAAUAUCCCCUGAGCAGUUUCAACAUUUGAAACACCAGCAAGAGAUUAUAAUUCAGCAGCUAAAUACCCCUGAAAAUGAUGAACUUCCUCCAGUCCAUCAAGUGCCCACAACUCAGCCUCCAACUCAGCUCAGUCCAUUGAGUAAUGAGAUGGUAUUUUCACCUCUAGAUCUGUCUCCAGUAUUCAGAAGUAAUUCACCUUUGCCUAAUACCACAGUUAAAAAUGUGGAUCUGGAGCUUACCAUACCUACAGCAGUCACUAUGGGGGUUGAACCUUCUCCAGUCCAGCAGGACAACCCUCCUAUUCCCACUGAGCAGGCAGACUUUUCUCUAGUCCAGCCUGAUCUCCCUUCCCCACCUCUGUAUUCUCCUGAAAAGAUUGAACCUCCAGUCCAGCAAGAGGCCACAAUUCAGACUCCAGAUUCCCCUAAGGAGGUAGAACCUUCUCCAGUCUGGCAAGAGUUACCAGCUGAACCACCAUUGCCCCUUAAGGAGGUUGAACCAUCUGUAACCCAGUAGGAAGCCUCAGGUCAUCCUCUGAAGUCCACAGAAGAGAUCAUCAGCCUUCCACUGCAGCAGGAGAUACCAGCUCAGCCAUCAGAGCCACCUGGGAAGGUCGAACCAUCUCCUGUCCUACAGCAGGCCCCAACUGAGCUUUUAGAGCCACCUAAAGAGGUAGGAUCCUCUUCAGUCCAGCAAGCAGUCCCUGCUCAGUCUUCAGAGCCCCCUAUGGUGAUAGAACCUUCUCUGACCCAGCAGAUGGCCCCAUCUUUGCCUCCAGAGUUCCCUGAAGAGGUGGAACCAUCUCUAACUCAGCAGGAGGUUCCAGCACCCUCUAUGGAGGCAGAACCCUCUCGACCCCAGCAGGAAGCCAUAGUUCAGGCCCCAGAGCCCCCUAAGGUUCUAGAACCUUCAAGCCAGCAGAUGGUCCCAGCUCAGGUUCCAGAGCCAUCUAAGGAGGUUGCAGCUCAACCUCCAGCUCAUUAUGAGGUGACACUUCCACAUCCAGACCAUGUUCAGAUUCAGCAUUCAAACCUGACUCAAGCCACAGUUCAUCCUUUGGAUCUGGGGCUUACCAUCACUCCUGAAUCCACUACAGAAGUUGAACAUUCCACAGCCCUGAUGGCUACAGCUCCUCCUCCAAAACAGCCUGAGGUGACACUUCUACCUUCAGACAAGGGUCAGACUCAGCAUUCAAACAUGACUCAAGUCACGGUUCAGCCUCUGGACCUAGAGGUUACCAUCACCCCAGAAUCCAUGACAGAGGUCGAACUUUCUCCAACCAUGCAGGAGACCCCAACUCAGCCUCUUAAAAAAUUGUGCCCCAACUUCUAGCACAUCAAGAGGUAACAGUUCAAACACCAGGUCAGAAUCAAGCUCAGCAUCCAAUGCCACCAAGAGUGACAGAUCAACCUUUGGAUCUGGGGCUUACCAUCACUCCUGAAUCCACCAUAGAGAUUGAACCUCCUACAGCCCUGAUGGCUACAGCUUCUCCAAAACACCCUGAGGUGACAUUUCUACCUUCAGACAAGGGUCAGA